AUGUAAUUAUAAUAAAAAGCAAAGAUGAAUUUACAAAUAAGGUCAAUGGAUAGAACAUCAGUAUGGGAAAAAAAAUAAUAAACUCGACUCUAAAAGAAAUAAAUUCAUUAAUUGGUUCUACUUUAGUAGAGGAAUUUAGAAAUGAUAAUGAAAAUGAUUUCAAUCCAAAUAUAAUUGUUGGAAAUGGAUAAAGUUUACCCAAGAAGAGCAAAAAAAUUAAUAAAUGCAGAUAAUAUUGUAAUUUUUUAUCAGAAUUAUUGCAGAGCAGAAUUUGCUUGCAAACUUUUAAAGCUUGGGAAAUAUUUGUAGACUAAAAUAUUUAUAUUAAUAAGUAAUCAUAUGACUUGGUCUACAACACCUUUGAAUGAUAGAAAAAAAGAUGAAACUGAGAUGAGAUAAUCGAUGGGAGGAAAAAAGAUGAUUAACCAUUUUUGA